GGAAAGUAUACAGUUUACGGCUGGUAGUGCAGAUAUGGUGAAGCAGGCUGCACAUAUCCCUAUCAUCAAUAGUAAAUUUUACGAUGGUGUUCCGGGUAAAUUUACGCCGAUGCCGUAUGGUCCUCUAGACACAAGACUUGAGUACGGAUUGUUAUCGCAAGAUCGUUUGCUUAGUGAUGGAGGUAAAGAUAAAACCUCGAACCUUAAUUUUUUUUUUCAGGGAACAUGUCAAAAAAAUAUUGACUGCGCCACUUGUAAAUCGAAUUUGGUAGAUUGUGUUGGGCAUUUUGGUUACAUGGAUUUAGCUUUGCCUGUAUUCCAUGUUGGAUUUUUCAACAGUGUGAUGCAUGUGCUGCAAUGCAUUUGUAAAAGUUGCUCAGGAUUGCUUGUUUCGGAUGAAAUAAGGGAGAAAUUUCUGAACGAAUUGCGUAAAACGUCUUUGGAUUAUUUAAAAAGGAAGGCAUUGCAUAAACGAAUCGUUGCGAGCUGUAAAAAGAACACAACAUGUCCUCACUGUGGCAGCAAAAACGGUGUGGUUAAAAAAGCAACUGGAGCAGUGCUUAAAAUUGCUCACAGUGAUACAAUAACAGAAAACCGUUUACCUGAAUUCUUCGCUGCAGUUGAGGAGAAUAAGGAGUUGCACUCUUUGCUACCAAGAAUUAAGUUUGAUGUGCUAGAUGCAGUCCAUGUGGAGGAUAUUUUCAGUAAGAUAAGGAUGGAAGUAAUUUUGUUUUUCAUUUUGAAAAUGCUAAUUUUUGUAAUUGGAAAAAUUAAGGAUAUAUCAUUGUUAAUGGCGCAUGACUCAGAAAUGAAACAUCCUUUGGACCUUUUGCUAACUCGGUUACCUGUUCCACCAAGUUGUAUUCGACCAUCCGUUAUUUCUGAAGUUAAAAGUGGGUCAACCGAGGAUGAUAUCACUGUGAUGUUGUCAGAAAUCAUGCUAGCGAACAAAAUUCUUAGCAGAUAUGUAGAAAAUGGUAUGCCAACAAAGACGAUUAAUGAAUCUUGGGAUCAGCUGCAGGUGCAAAUUGCUUUAUAUAUGAACAGCGAAAUCAGUGGUCUUCCAAUGGAAUUGCAGCCAAAAAAAAAUAUGCAAGGAUUUGCUCAGCGACUGAAAGGGAAGCAAGGACGUUUUCGAGGACACCUUUCUGGGAAGAGAGUGGAUUUCUCUGGCCGAACUGUAAUCUUUUUCAAUCUUUCUUAG